UACAGGAAUAGCUCCGAGUGUUUGAGUCCGAACUGAAUGCUGUUCGCCAAAGCUCUGACAAUUUCCCAUCUCUGUUGGUACUGUUUAACACUAGAAAAAGGUUCUGCCGAUGUAAGUGAAAUUUUAAGGUUCAUACAUCGACUUCUUGCUUCUUUCACUGCCUAAGACGAAACAGAAGUCACACAUCACAACGACGUUACUGAUAUCGUUGUCCAGUGUGACGCGUGGCUGAAAGUUAAGCGUUAACUUAUUAAUUACUAACUAUUUUUAUCCUCCAAUUACAGGUCGGAGCCAUUCCUGUAUUUAGUCGCUCGUGUACAAAACAGCCACGCUGGAGGGCAAAAGUCGCCCAAGACAUUUGUACCACGUGAAUGUCUAGCUGCAAAGGGCCUAUUGGGUGUGUGCGGGCUUGUACGGUUGGUAAACAAGUGAUGUCACCAAAAAUAUGCGCAGAUGCGCAAAAUUGCGCACUACGUUAUUCAGCCGACGAGGGAGUUGUUCGUCCUCGCGGAAGUAUCCUGUGAUAUUUAUUUAUUUGUUCACAACUGCAGCGCUUCCUACAUAACAAAAUGUUCAGAACCAAAGGAAUUUUACUUGUCACUACGUUUUUAUGUUUUCCUGGUGUUAUUUCGGCUACUUGCCCAAGUCCGAGGUACUCGGCCUUGAAAGACACACUUCAGUCACCUGGUUACAGUAUGGGAAAGUACCCUGCAAACCAGAGUUGCACCUAUGAUGUUCGUGUUCCUGAUGGAAAAAGAAUAAUUCUUGACUUUAAAAGAUUUGAUAUUUUGGGAAGUAUGCCAGAUUGUCUUCAGGAUUCUCUGGAAAUAAUUGUCGGGUAAGUGUAAGAUCCAGAUUCCAAUAUUGUCUUGUAAACAUAUUUUGACUAGCUUUGCACGUACGCAGUAUUAGAUGCAUGUUCUCUCAAAGCGGAAUAUACUCAGUGACUAGAUUCAGGAAUUUGAAAAAGAAGCAAUUGUUUAAAGUAUGUGCCUUGCGAAUUUUCAAAUGUCGUGCUUCCUUCUUCAAGUUAUUUGAGCUUAUACCUUUCAAUAUUUCCCAGUGACAGGCUAGACGCGGAUAAGUUUUGAUCAGAAAAGUGUUUGGGAUUCUUUAACUUUCUCACGUCAUUCCCAAGAUAACUGGGUGAUGGUCUAUUCUUUUCUCAAACUUCUCAGAUGAGACAUGAAAGGAAGGUUGUUAAUGCGAACGAUGUCGAUUAUCAGGAUUUUUUGUAUGAUUAUUAAUGAUUAAUGUUUUAUUAUAAUUAGCAAUUAUUGAACGAGGCUGAGUAGGACGACGGAUAUGAAGAAUUCUGCAGAUCUCGAUCUGCGGAAUUCUUCAUAUCCUACCAAAGCCGAAUUCAAUAAUUGUUUUAUUACUCAUUCAAAAUAUUUCCAAGUUCCAAAACAAGCUAAAACAUGCUAUCCUCGGUCAAUGUAAGAUGUGUCGAUAGUGCAUCUUUAUUACAUAAACACCAAUGAAAUACCAGGCGAGCUUUCGUGCGAAAACUUGAUAUCUUCACAUGUGAAAAUAACAUUUUAUCUUCACAUAUGAACAGUGUUCUCACCAGGAUUUUGCCUUGGGGAGUCCCAGGGCCCCCUCUUCUGAGAAAUAGGGGCCCUGUAAGAACAUUAGGGGGUCAAAGUUAAAAAAAACACGCGGUACGAAGAACCUGAGCCCGCACUCCAAAUUGUCUGUUACAUGAAGUACCUACCUGAUCCAAUAUGGCGGAAGAGGUGUUCACGAUUCGGAGGAGGAGUUUACGAUGUAGUGGGACGUGCGUGGGAGCAAUGAAAGUAAAGGCAACAAAAUGAAAGACUUUGACUCAUUUGAUAUCAUGUCUUUUAUUUAUUCAAACAAUUGCCCCUGCGCCCUAACGGGCGCAUCUUCUUCGUUUUAAUGCGCCAUUUCAGUUUUUCUUGCGGGAAUCCCGCAAGGCCGCGGCCUGGUGAGAACACUGUAUGAAAAUAUCACCUUUGGUAUGGCUACAUAAUAAAUUGCACCUUUCACACCAAAAAACCAUUAAAGGGAAAUGGUUUGGUAUUUCAUUGGUGGUUAUAUAAUAAAUAGAACAUUACAUGGCCACUUGGAGAUACAAAAUUUCUCUUCUCGUGUUGAAAAAAUAUUUCACUCGUUCGCUGCUCUCACUGAUGAAAUAUUUUUUAACACUCGAAGAGAAAUGUCGUAUCUCCCCGGGGCCAUGUAAUAUUCUCUAUUUAUCGCGCAGUUAAGGAGAUUAAGGGCUUGCUCGGUCUGCAAAUAUACUCCAAAUAUCAGAUGUUGUCUGUCAAAAUGUCUUCUUGCUGUUCUUGCGAUGUUUUUAGGCAAUAUUCCCCGUGAAACGAGUAAAAUGUUCCACGACAGUUCUGCCAUUUUGUCCUAACUACCAAAGCAACUCAAUCUUGUCCCCAAGGCUUGUCGGUCAACGGUUCAAUAACCUGCAAAAGGCUGCACUUUUGACAUCAUUUUGACGUCAUUGGUUCAAUGACAAAAUUCCUCCCAAAUUUGGUCAACAGCAGCUGGUUAUGGUGAAUUAUGUGUGUGGUUUUAUCCAAUCAGAGAUGGGAAAAUAUUGUGAAUGAAUAAUAAACGACAUUAUUGGAUGAGGUUUUAGCCGAGUGAAGGCCAAGGCUGAUAACACUUACCGAGACCUUGAUUACCUGCAUUCAAACCCCUCUUUACAAACACCCGCUUAAUACGGACACCUCAUUAUUGUGGACAGUUUGCUUUGUUGCUGGGGAAAGAAAGCCCUUACAUUUUCUCUAAAUUCAACCUACUUAAUAUGGACACCCUGUUAAUGUGGACACUUUCUACGGUCCCCUCAGUGUCCUUAUUAACGGGAUUUGACUGUAUUUAGGGUAUCCCAAAAACCGAAUCUGAUAAUUGUUUCAUUAUACAUUGUUCUAAAGAAAAUGAUGACAAAUACACCAUCGCAAGGAAACUGAAUUGAUAUUGUUAUUGGAAAUCAUGCAUUGCACGUGCAACCAAUAGAUGAGUCAGUUAUCUGCUAGCAGAUAACUCACUUAUCUGCACAGCUGUCACUAGGUUGUCGGGUAAAUACAGCAAGUAGGCGGGGAAUCAAAUAGUGGGAUUUUUUUUGGUUCUAUUUUUCUUUUAUUUUUGUAUGAAAGUAGCCGGGGGCUUUGUUCAUAGUAACCAGUAGGUUGUGCUGAUUUCCAAAAUUAGCUGUAGGCUCUUAGCCAAUGAGAAGACAGAUAGCUAAAUACUGCAAACUUUGCUAGAAAUCUUAUCACAUACAUGUACAAGAUAUUUGAAACUUAUCUUAGCAAUUGGGGCUGUGUAGUUGUAAACUUGCAAAGUUAUCUUGAAACUUCAUCACCACAACAAGCAAACAACACCCCAAAACUACCACACGUAAAUUAGGGGUGGCGAAUGGUACCUCGAAAAACGUGGGUCUCGGAAAAUUUUAAAAGGAUCUCGAAAUCUCGGAAGCGUUUUUGAUAAGUCUUGAAGUCUCGUUUUUGCAUGGUUUGUUUUUACUUUUUUUGAGUCUCGGAACUUUUUAUCAAAGAAUCUCGGGCUCGGAUUUCUAACUAGGGUCUUGGCAUCUCGGCGAGUCUCGGACUUUACCAUUCGCCACCCCUUAAAUUAUGUUGUGAUGAACUGGGCACUAGUCAUGACGUUAAAAGCUUUGCCAUUGGCUCAUUUAAAACAGCAAAUGAUUAUCUCUGUUAAAAAAUACAUAAAACACACUUGAGUAAUGGUGCAAAAUUUAUCGAUUUCUAGCGAAAUUUGCCCAGAAAAUUCUUACAAAAUCAGCUGUUUUUUACUGAUUGGUUUUUGGCGAAGGUAGCCCCAAAAAUUCCUGCGAAAUCAGCUGAUUUUUCUGUGAAUCUGUCUCUGAAAGUCCCGCGAAAUUUGACUUUUUUUCCCGGAACCUAUCAGAAGCCCCAAAAAUACAAAUAGUGGAAAAUGAUUGGAGUCUAAAGCAUUUUUUAUAUGCAGAUUGAGAAAACCGGCAAGUUGGAUCUUUAAUUCUGGAAUAGUCAGUAGUUGAGGGUGACAAGAUUAGUCUGCAGUCUAAUCUUGACUUGGUCAGUGGCACUUUAUUAAAUGUGUAGCAAGAUUUUUCUUGAUCUGUCCGCAUUGUUGAGAUUCCCGUGUUGUUUUGACUAAUAUACAACAUAUGUAGCCACAAUGGCCGUGGUGUUGAGUUUAAGGUCCGUGUGAUGUCACGCUUAUCAUGUGAAUGCACGUGCAAGUAAAGCAACAAUCAUUAUUACAUUCGAUUCGCAAGCAUAGGUAAUUCAGUCAGUAGUUGAGGGUGACAAGAUUAGACUGCAGUCUAAUCUUGACUUGGUCAGUGGCACUUUAUUAAAUGUAUAGCAAGAUUUUUCUUGAUCUGUCCACAUUGUUGAGAUUCCCAUGUUGUUUUGACUAAUAUACAACAUAUGUAGCCACAAUGGCUGUGGUGUUGAGUUUAAGGUCCGUGUGAUGUCACGCUUAUCACGUGAAUGCACGUGCAAGUAAAGCAGCAAUCAUUAUUACAUUCGAUUCGCAAGCAUAGGUAAUUCAGGCUCACAAGUACUGUACUAAAUGGAAGAAUUUUCGAUUUGCCUUGCUGACCCGGAAUCUAUUUACCUAGAGCAUGAUCUCAGCUUAGUGCGGGACAAGUUUUCAGUAAAAUUGUAUCUCAGAGCAAAUGUGAAUAAAAUCGUUGAAUUAAAUAUUACCCCUGUUUACCGUGUUGUUCAAUCCAGUUUUCGUGAUUGGCUGUGAUAUCCUUUUGUUGACAGUGAUAUAUGUACCUAGUUUUCCCAAACUUACAGUAACCUGGUCUUGCUAAACCUUCUCUUGUGACAAUCUCUUUUCCUCACAAUUUUCUGAAUUUCUGUUAUGAACUUUUAAUCAGGAGUAUGAUGCUUUGUGUAAGUAGCAACAGGUGCAUGAUCAUCGAGGACUUGAUUGUAUAGGCUCUCCCAACAACAGUAGACAUCAUUUGGAUCAUCAAAUAUGUACGAAAUUAAGAAGGGAAC